GAAAGCUUGUCAGCUUGGAGCCUGUACUAGCAUUUUUGCCAUGUGACCACAUCGGAGUGAGAGAGCGAGUGAAAGAGAGGACGCAACGAUAUUUUUCUUCUGUGCAUGUGCCGUUGAAGUAAGUCUGAGGAUCGAGGGAAAAUCUUCCAGGACAUAAAAUAGAGGAAGCUUAAAUAAAAGAAGCUGUAUGUGCAUUCGUCGGAACACGUUUUUGCGACGUGCUAAUUAGACUCAGUUCGCGCCAGAAGAAAAUGCGUAGUGCGCUCGUGGAGAACUCAGCGAGGUUCUCGGUGGGCGGUCCAUAACGAGGACGAUUGUGAGAUUAUGUUUACGCUCUUCGUAUGCAUAUUCGGACUCGUGACUGCCGUACGCGGUACAAUACCAUACAGUACUACUUUAUCUUUCCCGCGGACAUUACGUAUCUUUUGCAAGAAAGUCGAAAUUUUUUUUCUAAGUGUCGUAGCUCGCACGAUUGUUCGCCGUUCAUCGAGUAACCAUCUGGAAAAAUGGUGUCGAAAUACUUCAUGAACGUCUUUAGUCAAUGAAUUCUGAUUCAGUUGAGACUUUUCCAGGAAAACUCUUAAAUGAUGAUAACACGUUCUUAAUUAAGAUAUUGUAGAAACGAGUAAAAGGAUUAUUCUUCGAGUACUUAAUUCGAAAAAAGGAAUUUUAUCGCGAUCCGACUUUCGCGGAGGCGUCUUCGUGACAUCAAACAUGUGACGUGCUUAUACCGAUUGUUAUAUAGUGUGUAUAUAUUGAAAAUGUUACGUGCGAUAAUUGUUGCUCUUAGUCUGAUUUUUGUCAGCGUAUCCGCCUACGAACAUACCAUUGCGGAUCAAUGCGACUGGUCUGGAAGCGGAGGAGGAGAAAGCGGUGGUGUCCGACCUGUAUAUCUACGCUGUACUCGAGGCACCGUACUAUGGCGUUAUCCUCAUGGUGCUCUGAGAGUGGUCUUCUCUUUCCCGGCUUCGUCCACGAGAAACAUUCCUGUCAAUCUCAGCAGUUUGGGUUUUCGUACAUGCGUUAAGAUUUCUGGACCUGCACGAGUGUUUCUAGAAGCUGGCCGCAAGUUGAGGCAAAUCUAUUCUCCAUCUGAUGGCAAACACGAGUAUUCGCAUCGAUGCUUUCGCUCACGGGAGCACAUGGCCGCACUUUACAUGGAAGCGGAGGAUGAUUAUUCCUUUAAAAGCACAAAGGUCAAGCUACAGUACGAUCUGGAAUUAAAUUCACCGAAAGGUGGUGCACUGCAUAUUCCAGAUGAAGAAGAAGAGUGCAGACCAUGUUCCAUGGAAGAACUUGCCAAUGCUUAUUGUCAGAGCGACUUGGUUGCUACAGGCACUGUCACUGCCGUUGAACAGCAGCUUCAUCUAGACGCUGCCGAAUUGGUGCUCAGGAUUACCAAGAUUCUACGCCAAGUUCAGGAAGCCGAGAAUAACGAGAACAUCGACAUACCAGCCUCUUCUAAGAGAAGCAUACGCGUGAGAAUACCAGUGGUGUGUGACGCGCGACAUGGCCCUGGCGAAUUUGUGAUAAUGGCCAAGCGACGUCUCGGUGACCUCAUUUUGGUGUGCGCACCUAGGCUGGAGACAUGGGAACAGAUUGUACGGGAGAUGGAUACCGCGCCCUGCGUCCUCAACAGCUAGCCAAUACGAUUUAAAAUUUUCUUCAGAAAGCUGUAAAGACCUGUAAACUAAAUAGCAGGUACGAGUAUCUAUUAUGUUGCAAAACUAAAAAUCUAUACAAAAUUACUGUGGUAACAAUGCCAUGUCGAAAAACUGCCAAUUUAGCCAUAUACGAGAGUAUUAUAUACAUAAAGAACAUUAUUCUUGGUGUACGUAGCAUGCAACUGUCAGACUGUUGAUCUCCAAACUGUGAUAUUAUUUGUUGCAUUAAGAAAAACGUGGAAAAACGUGCACGAGAAAAUAGAAAGCAUAUUUGCUCUAAUAUUUGUUCCAGAGAGCAAAAGAAUUAUUAUAUACAGAAUAGCUCAGAAAUUGCGUACUUUCCCUUAAAACAAAAAUUUUGUUUAAACCUUCGUUAAAACCCUCUUAUAUUCAUGACUCUUUCAUCUUUAAUGAUAUAAUAUUUGAUCUUUGCAUAUUAGUUUUCAUUGAAAUAAAAUUUACUCUUGUGAGAUCAUGUACAAA